GUGCAUGCGCGGCCCUGCACAGCUAGUGAGAAGGAGUAAAGAUGUUCUUAGCACGGGUUAGGACCAGGGCUGCGGCGGACCAGCUCGGGGUGCUGCUCACAUACAGCUCCAGGCAGGGCAGGAAUCUUUUGUGUGCCUUUAGUGCAGCAAAUCAGCAGAGAUAUGCUGGGGAUCAUACUACCACUGGAGAUGGCACUACUGGGGAUCAGAUUAAGUCAGUUGCCAUGAUGUCCUUGGAGAAAAAAGCACUGAAGCUUGAGGAGCAAGUGCAAGACUUAAAAGAGAGGAACAGGAUAACCAUGGCUGACUCUGAAAACGUUCGUAAAAGAACACAGAAGUACGUUAUGGAUGCAAAACUGUUUGGGAUCCAGAGCUUCUGCAGAGACCUGGUGGAGUUGGCAGAUUUGGUGGAGGAUGCAGUGGCACAGGCAGCAAAAGAUGGGCUGAAUGAUAUGACUGAAGUCCUGUCACAAGUGGAUGGAAAGCUGCAAAGCAUCUUCACGAAACAUGGACUAGAGAAGAUGAACCCCAUGGGGAGUACAUUUGACCCCUAUGAACACGAAGUGGUUUGCCAUGUGCCUGCUGAGGGGAGAACACUUGGCACGGUGGCAAUGAUUAAGCAAGAUGGGUACAAGCUGCAUGGCCGAACGAUUCGCCAUGCACAUGUUGGACUUGCAGUGGAGUCACCAGAGUGACAAAUGUCAUACAUUUUCUAUGUUCACCUGAAAAACCUUUCUAUUUAUGGUGUUUAAUAGUCCCUCUAGAAAUUGUUUACUCCCCCACCCACCUAUGUUUUAGUCUUAUUUUAAAUUUAGCCUUGGUACUCCAUGGAAGUUUCCAUAUGUUGCCAAACACCUGGAGUGCCUUAUCUGAACCUCAUGUACAUACGUGCAGGUUAUAUUUCGGCUCAUUCAGCAACAUACACAACAAUUUUUCGCUGCAGUUAUGGAGUGUGGCUUCAUGUUUAUUAUCCAAACUGUUUUACUCUUGACCAACUCAAACAAACCUUAUUUUAACUGGACAGAGAAACCAAUCUGUUCUACUGACAUUUAUCUAACCGCUUACCACCAGGAGGUCCUGUUCUAGAUGCAAGUGAGAAAUGUAUUCUACAUCACAUAGAUCUGGCUUCCUAUGAUGGGGUCACCUUUUUAUUUGUUUUCCAGGCAGGUAGAAGAUCAUAUCAGGGCAUCACAAAUACAACUUUUAGUUUUGGUUGCCUAUGCUCAAAUGAAACCUCUGCAUCACUGUCAAGAUCACAAGGUCUGGUGUGGUGCUCGUUAGGUGCAUGCAAAGUACCUUCUGUUAGAGGCCAGAGGAUUUCAGGUUAUAUA